AUGUCAGUGAAAAUACUAUGCUUACAUGGAAUGGGGGUGAAUUCCGAGGUGUUUGCUAUACAGACAGCUAGUUUCAGGGCUCUUCUUCCAAAAUACUACCAAUUCCAAUUCGUCGAUGCCGAACAGUUCUGCGAUCCAUCUCCAGGAGCGGCCGAGUACUUCAGCGGCCCAUAUCGAUGUUGGUAUACCUCACCAUCAACAGCGGGUGUCUCGAGAGCGCAUCAAAAAGUCGAAGAAAUCAUCAAGGACCAAGGCCCAUUUCAAAUAGUCAUGGGAUUUAGCCAGGGUGCUGCACUUGCAGCAAGUCUCCUUCUCCAAUACGAGCUUGACCGCCUCCCGUCACCAUUCCGUGCUGCAUUCUUUAUCUGCUCCCCCCUUCCAUUUUCCAAGACCAUGGCCCACGGUAUCGACUCGCGCACCUAUUUCGGAAUCCAGUCAACACGGGCGCUGACACCUCCUCGCACCACGACAGUACCACCAUACCUCAUCCCCGAGGAUUAUUUCCUACGCAGCGAUGAGCGCAUAACUAAUCCCUCUCCCGUGAAAUCCAAAUCCGCUUCACUGACAACCGGAUUUGCGAUCGAUAAGCAAGAUGAAUGGAGUGAGGGACCGUACUAUAACAUGUUCCAUCCCAGUGUGGAUAAAGUCCGUAUUUCACUUCCAACCGCGCAUUUAUAUGGGGCGGCAGAUCCGUGGAGAAGACAUAGCAUUGACCUUGCGGAGAUGUGCACGCAGAAAGUCACCUUGAAGCAUGGUGGGGGGCAUGAGAUUCCGCAAUCUGCUAGUGAGGAAAUAUGUGAUUUAAUUGAGGAGCUGGCUGCUAUGGCGGGCCUGGUGUAG